AAUCAAAAUCAAAAGCCCCCCCUCGGUCCCCUUCUCCACCUCUCUCCAAUCGCCAUCGUUUUUUCCGUUUCCUCUCAUUUCAUAACUCCUUUUUUCCUCUUUCCUUUAUUUUAUUUCUUUUGAAUUUUUCAGUAUAAUUACGCCAAAAUUAUCAAUUUUCCUUUUUCAGAAUUUUCUCUUCUCGAUCUAUCCGCUUCGGGUUUGAGAGAGAAGAGAUAAGACAUAGUGAGAGAGAGAGAGGGGGAAAUGGCGCAUAGAGUAGAUCACGAGUACGAUUACCUUUUCAAGAUCGUGUUGAUUGGCGAUUCUGGAGUUGGAAAAUCGAAUAUUCUCUCUCGGUUCACCAGAAACGAGUUCUGUUUGGAAUCUAAAUCCACUAUCGGCGUCGAGUUCGCUACCAGAACUCUCCAGGUGGAGGGAAAGACUGUUAAGGCACAGAUAUGGGAUACGGCAGGUCAGGAGAGAUAUCGGGCUAUCACUAGUGCUUACUACAGAGGAGCUGUUGGUGCACUUCUUGUCUAUGACAUAACCAAGAGGCAAACCUUUGAUAAUGUUCAAAGGUGGCUGCGUGAGUUGAGGGACCAUGCGGAUUCCAACAUUGUCAUCAUGAUGGCUGGAAAUAAAUCGGACUUGAAUCAUCUCAGAGCCGUCUCUGAGGAGGAUGGUCAUGCUCUGGCUGAGAAGGAAGGUCUUUCGUUUCUUGAGACGUCAGCACUGGAAGCAACCAACGUCGAGAAGGCAUUCCAAACUAUAUUGAAUGAGAUCUACCAUAUCAUAAGCAAAAAGGCGUUGGCAGCACAAGAAGCAGCUGCUAGUACUACAAUUCCUGGCCAAGGAACCACCAUAAAUGUUGCUGAUGCAUCUGGGAACACUAAGAAAGGAUGCUGUUCCACUUAAAAAAGUGAUAGGUUAUAUUUUAGGAAGGGAAAAUAUUUGCUAGCAAGCAGGCCUUUUCGUUUUUUUUUUCUCUUUUAUUUCUCCCUUUUCUUUUCUUUUUUCCCCACCCUUUUUCAAUUUUUGGCUGAGAGAGACACAUGUAGAAUACUUAUUUUUACUUAAAUGAGUUGUGAUAAGGAAGCUUGUGAUAUUUUAAACAACCAUAUUGGUGUUUGUAGGA